CGUAUUCACAUUUGGGAGAUACGGCGCAUAAUCAGAUAUCUUUGGCCAAGGAUGGACAAAACGGGUUUGGGAGUGAGUUAGAUGGACUACCGUCGUUUCUGCACAAGAACGAGUUAGUGUUCCGGAGAGGCUAUCUGGGCACUGUGAGCUAGAAAGCACCAAUCGCUAGAUGAUUGUAUUGAAUACAGUGCACACGACCGGUGCAUACUAUGAACCCGGAAUCCCCCACGUCCUGACUUGCCAAUGAUGGAGUUUGCAUGGUCUCGGAGAAGAGAUACCAUUAUUGUGCUUCUGGUGGGGCCGCUGUCAUCGAUCUUGCCCGUCGUGCCCGUCAAGCCCGUGUUGCCAUGCGCCGGCCGUGGACGGGACCCACCAACCGCCGAAUCAAUGGAGCACGAGAGCCAAGUGGACCAGGAACACGGACCAUCUCGCUUAAUCAAGUUGACCACUGACUGUCGCCGGAUUAUCGAAGCCCCGCCCCUCCUUUUGACCGCCCAGAGACACAAGUGUAGGGUUCGAAAAACCUACGCCUCACAGAAAAUUUCCAGCCCGAUCCCUCUGUACUCCACGUCCCGAGUUGAAUCUGAGUAUCUCGACUUCGACCUUCACACCCACCGACCAGAUACCCCCAUAGACUAAUCGGCAGUCAGACAAAAUGGGCAAGGGACUCAAGAAGCACCAGAAGCGCCUUAGCGCGCCUUCGCACUGGCUCCUGGACAAGCUGUCCGGAACCUACGCUCCCCGCCCCUCGGCCGGUCCUCACAAGCUUCGCGACUGC